AUGCCAUCCAAGAAUUAUACCACCUGUGAUGAAAGCCAAUUACUAUCGGAUAUUCGAGAAAAAGGUGUAAAGGUGUUGGAAAAUGUUUCCGAGAGUAUGAGGAGUGAUAAAACUUUCAUGAUGGAAGCAGUAAAACAACGAGGCGAUGCUUUGAAAUAUGCUUCUGACAGUUUGAAAAACGAUAAAGAUCUAGUUUUAGAAGCGGCCAAACAAAACAGUUGGGCUCUUUAUUACGCUUCGGAUGAUUUGAAAAAAGACAAGUUGUUUAUUCUGGAAGCAGUGAAACACAACGGUUAUACUCUUAAUUAUGCUUUUGAAAGUUUGAAAAGAGAUAAGGAGGUCGUUCUUGAAGCCAUUCAUCAAGAUGGAAGGUCGUUACGAUAUGCCUCUGAUGAUUUGAAAAAAGACAAACCAUUUAUCCUCCAAGUUGUUAAACAAAAUGGUCGAUGUCUUGCUUUUGUUUCUGAGAAUUUGAAAAAAGAUAAAGAGAUUGUGCUUGAAGCUGUCAAACAACGAGUUAUGGAACUGGCAUCUGUCAUGAAGGAUCCAAAAACAAUUUUGGAAAAACUGAAUAGCCAAUAUGACUUGCUGAACUCUGUUGCCUCAGAUUUGAGACACGACAAUAGUUUUAUGAAUGAAGUUGAUAGAAUUAUUGAGAGCUCUGUUCAAAUCUGUUCUCAAGAUCUUAACAAAGAAAAUCAAAACACAUUGUUAAAUCGAAUUCCGUUCAUGGCAGAACAGACAAACACAAAAGAGCAGACAGCAUUCCACCCUAUGAUACCGUCCUUCCAACCACCCAUUAUUCCACAAAGAGUUGUUGUUAAACUCGAAGAUCAGCAACUUGGAACAAAACUUGCAAGAGUGACUGUUGACAGCAAUUUUUUAUUCAAAUCUCUGGUUGAACAAGUGAAACUUGUAUUAUCCGAAUUACAAAAUCUAGACUUGGUUUUAACGUAUUGGGAUCCAACAUUCGGAGAUAUGUUUAUAUACAACGAUCAAGACGUGAAGGAUUUUAUGAAACUGUUUCAAGAUACAUCUAUGGAAAACAGUAGAAAAUUUAUCAGAAUUCAAAAACCUUCGCAUGAGUUUGUGCGUCAGGAAAAGAAACACUCGCACAAUGACAACAACACUUCAUCACAAAUUGGCUGGGAUACAGGAUUUCCUGACCCGAGCUUUGCAAUUCACUCCGAGAAAUCCACUCAAGAAAACGCUUCAAAGCACUCUGUAAAAUCUUCUCCAGCUUUGGACGAUAUUUCAACACUUGAGAGCUAUUUGAAUUCCAGAUAUGACCAGAUUUCGUUUAUCGACAGCGGUGGUUUUGGAAGUGUGUUCCGUGUUGUAGAUGUGAAGUCAAAAAUACCUAAAGCAUUGAAACUUCUCAAAGUUGAAAAUCCUUCUAAUUUGAACGACGCCUUAAAGGAAGUGCUGACCAUGGCAAAGCUAUCUCAUGUAAAUAUUGUUCGAAUUUAUGAUGCCUUCCUUCCUAAUGUUACUUCACACGUUUGCAUUGAAAUGGAGUUGAUGAAAGGAAGCUUAAAGUCACUCUUUUUAGAUAAGUCUAUUCGAUUACCGGAAAGCAUGUUGAGACAAAUAACAAAGCAAGUGUGUGCAGCACUAAAUUGGAUGUUCACUCAACAUGGAAUGCUGCAUCGUGACAUUAAACCUGGAAAUGUUUUAGUGAGAGAUUUUGACUUGAACGAAGAGACGAUACAAGUAGUAUUGGGUGAUUUUGGUCUAGCUAAACCUAUCGACUUGAUUUCUUCGAACAGCUCCCAAGUAGGAACUCUUUCGUUCAUGGCUCCAGAAUUGAUGAACAGAAAUUUGCAACAUUUUGAACACAAAUUCUCUGUUGGAAGUGAUAUGUUUGCAUUGGGAGUAACAAUUUUUCAGUUAAUGACCAUGAACACGAGCGUUGUAUUGUGCCAAUAUUUUGAAAUGGGAGGAGAUGAUAUUGAGAAAUUUAUUUCCACAAAAAUACCGUCUAAUUUAUACUCUCGAGAAUUUAUUGAACUUGUUGCCAAAAUGUUGAAAUUGAAUCCCUCUGAAAGAAUUUUUCCUAUACAAGUGGUUGAAGAAUUGUAA